CCGCCGUGUCCCCCUCCUUCCUUCUCUGCCUCUGCCUUCCCAGACUCCCCCCUUCCCUGUGUCUCGCGCCGCGCCCCCUUCGCCUCCCUUCCUCUUCUUGCCCUCCCCCUCUCGCGCUCGCCCCUCCUCCCACGUGGAUCCCCUGUGCCCGCCGGACUGGGCGCGCCCACCACCGGCAAUCGGUGUAGCCCCGCCCCAUGUUCCGCAUUCGUCCGAUCAAUGAGCCGCCGCCGGCCGGGGCGUCGGCCUCGGUCAGCCCGCUGCUGGCCUCGCUGCAGACAACCUCCACCGGCCGGCGCCGGCCUCGCCAGCGCAUGGCCCACUUUAAUGCCCUCGCUCAGGCGGCACAUGCCGCCGUGGAGGAAAUGCGCCAGGCCAUGGAAACCCCGGAGCAGCGCAUGCUCCGCCUGGAGAGCGCCUACGCCGGGGUCCUGCGCGCCAGCGCCCUCUGCCUGAAUGUGUCACUGGCCCUGGGCGGCGGCGGCGGCGGCGGCGGCGGCGGCGGCGGCGGAGCCGGCGGCCCGGCCGCCAGCACGGCCCCCGGCCCGGCCUCCGCCGACACUGCCCCCCCGACCAGCGACGGUGCCCUUGGCCAUGUGGCCCCCCUGAUGCCGGCCCCCCAGACCUCGCUGGCGCCCGUGGCGCCGGCCGGGCCGCCGCCCGUUUCGCAAGUCGAGCACCUGGCUCAGCCCCUCGGCACCGGGGUCCCGGUGACUGAGGCGCUCCUUGGCCCGGCGGUGGCCGGCGUCCUCGCGCAGUAUGACUCCCUGCUGGCGACCUUCCCUCCGCUGACCGCCGACGAGGCUACUCGCGCACUGGUCGAGCAUGCGGAAGCCCGCGCCGACGAGGCCCGCCUGGCCACGCAAUUGUCGUCCACCGUCGAGGGCGCGGCCGUCAGUGGCAUUUGCGAAUUGUCCCUGCUGGCCGAUGACCGUCGGCCGCCGCUCUUCAUCCCGCGCCGCCGGUGGGCCGCCAAGGCCCGGCAGUUGCGUGGCCUUGUUCGGGCCAAUCGCGCGCGCUUCCUCGAAUUGGUGCUCCUCCGUCGCCGGGCCUUCCUGGCCGCCGCCGCGGCCGAUGCCACUUCCGAGCCGGAUGCCGCGCUGGCCGCCGCGGCGCUGGCCGAUCCCGACUGCACCGAAUGGGCCACCCUCCCCGAGGCCGACUCCACCGAGCGCCACCUGUUGGAGGAUGUCCUGGCUGCCUACCUGGAGGCCGCCACCGAUAACCCCACUGCUCCGCGCAUCUGGGCUCGCUCCGGAACGCUGGCCCUGCGCCUGGGCCGGCUGUCCCUGGCACGGGCCGCCUUCCAGCGGGGCCUGUAUCCGGAGCUGGCCGGAAGCUUGACGACGUCCGUGCGCCGGCGCGCCGAGUACCAGACCGCCGCCGGGGGGAGCGGCUUUUCGCCGCUUGACGAUCGUGACCCCAAGGACCCGAGCGACCCCCCGGCCGAUGAGGAGGCCGCCUCCGAUGCAACGGCCCCGAAUGCGGCCAGCGGCAGCACCGCCGGCCCGGCGGAAGGGGGCGCCUCCGGGGCUCCGAGUGCCGCGGCGGCCGCGGCGGCCGCAGCAGCCGCCGCCUUCGCCGAGGCCGAGUCCCGCGACCUGGCUGCCGCCGCGGCUGACAGCGCUCCCCGUGUGGCGCCGCAGUUGCGCAGCCUCUUCACCAACAAGGCACGGCUGGCCGGGACGGCGGCGGCGGCGCGCGCGCGGCGCCCUGGCCGGCGCCCUGGCGUCCCGACGGCCGAUUGUGGGAUCUGCUCGCGCGGCCUGCUGGCCACCCUCUAUGCCCUCGGGGACCAUGAUGCCCUGGCGGCCGAGGUGCACCGGCGCCUGCCGCAAUUGGCCCCGGCCCUGUUGAUGGACUUGCGCCGGCCCGAUCGCCCGGCGGCCGGGUCCUUCCCCCCGUCGCGCAUCCAGGCGAAUGCCGCGCGGAUGCUCUACUUCUGGCGGCGCUUGCGCGACCGGCAUCUUUCCCACUCGGCCGCAGCGUCGGCCGGGGCCGAGUGGCCCGUGGCCCCGGCCGCCUCCUCCUCGACCGCUGCCGGCGCUCUCACCACCGCCGAUCCGGACGGGUCCUCGGCCGGUGCCCUGCGACUGGAUCUCUCUCAGGCGGCGCCGGUUUUGACCCCGCACUCGGCCGAUGGCGAGGGCAGCUCAAUGGCCUCCGCGGCGGCCUACUUCCCGGGGCUGCAUGCCCUGGCUGAUGUGAUCCCCCCGCCGGGGGCCAGGGCCGGGGGGGCCCCGGCCGGGGCGGCGGCGGCGGCGGCCAGCGCGGCCGCCCCGGCUCCCGGCACCCAGGCCGGCUCCACCCGCUGGACCUGGUCCGCCCUGGCGGCACUGCUGGCAGCCUAUGCCGCGGGGCAGACCUCCGGCACACUGGACCAGCCGCUGGUGCAGGUGUGCUUGCCAGCCUCGGCCGCCAGCGGGGCCGUGGCUGAUCCCCCGGCGUCGACGGCCUCCACCGCCGGGGGCGGCCCUGGCACCGGGGCCGACGCGUCGUCGAUCGACACCCAGGCAGCCGGCGACACGGACAUGCCCCCUCGCGAGGAGUCAGCCGACGCCGGAGCCCCCUCGGACCCGGCAGCCAUCCUGGCCGCCCUUGUGGCCGGUGAGGCCGACGGCGCCGGCACCGACUCCGACUCCAAUGCCCAACGCCGGCGCAGUCGCCGAACCAAGACACGCUCCUCCACCCGAGGUGCCGCCGACCCGCCCUCUGUGGCGGUGCCCACCGACAUCGACGAUGCGGUGGUCAUUUCCAAAAUCCUCCUCCGCCUUCUGAGCCAGGUGGAGCCCUUCGUCCUGCCGCGUUUGAGCCACCACUUGCAAUUGGCCGGGAGUCCCCCCCUCGCAGGCUCAGCCGACCGGGCCAUGUCCGCCGAUGAUGCGGCCGCGACCGAUGCCGACCGCGUCCUGGUGGCCGGCCUGUCGGGCUUCGACUUCAGCCAGCUGCGUGUGGCUGCCGAUGUGCGGCCAUCGACCGCCGGGUCGCAGCCCGGCUCGCCGUCCAGCGACUCGGACUCGGGCAUGGUCGAUGCCUCGGAGAGCGAUUGCGCCCUGGCGGCGGCGGCAGCCGCGGCCGCCGCCUCGACCGCUUCGUCGAUCACCGCGGAAAUUGCCCUCCGUCAGCGUCUGCUCGAUGUGUUUGGCAAUUUCAAGGAGUGCUUCGCCAUGGCGCGCGAUGAGGCCGCCCGCCAGGAGGAGGCCGAGGAGGCGGGCCCUGGCGGGCAGCAGGCCGGCCAUGUCGGCGGCUCCGGCGCCGAUGCAUCCGGCCCCGCCAAUACGGCUCGGCAAUCGACGCAGGAUCUGCGCUUGACCCUGGAGCGUCGGCGGACCGCCGCCCGCAAGCGUCGUGCCCUGGCAGCCCUGGUGGAAAUGGGUGUCAUUGCCGGGCCCGGCCCCGGCGGCCCUGGCGCCGCCACCGGGGACACUGACGCGGCGGCCGGGCCCGGCACAGAUGCCGCCCCCUCGCGACACCCAUCGCUGGCCCUCUGGGCGCGACUGGGGUUUGUCAUUCCCGACGCCGAUCCCAGCCCGGCGGAUGUUCUUUUGAGCUGGCGUUCACCGGCCGAAAUGGUGGAUUCGGUCCUACGCGAGGUGGCCGCCCCGGCCGGCUUGGUGUCGGCGCCUGCCUCGCUGGAUGGUCUCGGCACUGGGGGCCGGUAUCUUGGCUCGGCUCUGAUGAACCUCUACCUGGCCUGGACCCUGGAGGUGACACCGGUGUUUGUGGACAUCCCGGCCUUCGGGUUGGGGCCCGACACGUCGAGCCCCCUCUGCCUGCCGCUUCCUGGUGGCGCAUGCCCAAGCGAGCUGCCCCGUCUCCCGACGGUGGAUGUCCUUGAGCGCGCCGAGGUCCACGCCCUGAUGUAUGAGCUGUGUCUCUUCUAUGGGGAUUACGACAACCCGGUGGCCUGCUCGCCGGCCGUGCUGCUGGUGCUGCUCGCGCGGCUGGACGCCCGGCUGUUGGCACUGCUGUCCCAUGCGGAGACAGCGCUCCUCAGCAUGCCGAGUGCCGAUGCCGCGCGGGGCUCCCUGCGCCGGCGUCUGGCCCACCUGCAAGUCCGGUACCUGUGGUUUGCGGCGCAUCGGCUCCAUUGGACCGGGCGCCCGACCGCCGACACCGGAGCCACCUUGGACGUGGUCAAUGGGAUCCUGGCCUCCGGCGGGCCGGAUGUCCAGCAGCGCCUGCGCCGGCUGGCGUCCGACCAGGCGGCCGGGCAUUUGGAAGCCUGUGCCGAAGUGCUGGCCGAAUUGGCCAGCGACGACUCGAUGGCCGGGCCAUCCGGCCGAGCGCUUUCCCCCCCGGCGCCGGUGUGCGUGCCGCUCAUGCACCAUCCCCGACUGGAUGUCAUCUCGCUGGAAACCUGUGCCGAGCUGCCGGCCGAGCCGUGCCCCCGAUGGCUGGAUGUCAGCCAGGAUGCCGAUUCGCGGGCCUGCGCCCUGGCCGACGCGCCCGUCGUCUGUGGCUCGCCGGAGGCCCAGCCCGGCGGCAAGAUCGCCGGCGACCCGUCGGCCGAUGUCCCGGGCCCCCUGUCGCCCGAUCGACAUGUCCUGUCCCUGAGCACGCACUAUGACCCGGAGCGCGCUCCGGCCCGGAGCCUGGCCACGACGGACUUCGCCACCCGUGUGGCCGGGGCCAUUCUGUCGGCUCUCGAGGCGGCCAAUGCCCUCUCCGGCCCCGAGUCCUCGGGCGCUCGGUCUUACACCUCCCUGCGGCUGCUGGAGACCCGACUGGGCCAUGUGUUGGAUCGACUUCGCGAGUGCCCGGCCACCGGCGCUCUGGCCAUGCCUCCGCCGGCCUCCUCGGUGCACAUUGGCCUUGUCCCCUUCGAGGUGUAUGGGCAGUUGGAUUCCACCGCUCGGGCAUCCUACCUGCAGCUGCUCCUGGCACUGGCUCGCAUUGACACGUCAACGCGGCUGUUGGGGCCGUUCUCGGGACUCGUUUGCGCCACCUGGGAGCUGCUGGAGCAUCUGGUCUCCUGCACGGAGCCCCUGGCCCCGGCGCCGGACACCCUGGACUCGCAGGGGCUCAUUUCCUUCUCCUCGGUCUCGGCAUCGCAAACGGCCGCCGCCUUGUCUGCCUCCCUGAAGGGCAGCGCCGGGGCCGGGGGCAUCGGGCCUGGCGGCGCGCGGCGUGUUGGUGGCCGGCUGUUGGCCGCGGCCGCGGCCGCCUCCUCCGCGGCCACCUCGCGCAGUCCCGAGCUGGACCCGGACGAGGUGGACCUCUCGCUGUCAUCCUGGCGCCUGGCGGACUUGUGCCAUGCGUUGCGGCACACGCGCGAGUGGUGCUCGCGCGAUGUCGGUCGUCUGGCGCACCUGGCUGCUCGGUCGUUGGUGGCUUACUGCCUGGGGCAGCUGGUCCCCGGGCCCGACCGGCGGGGGUUCUCCUGUGCCACGGAGGCCGCUCGCAUGGCGGCCACCGCCGUCGAGGAGUAUCUCACGGCCGGUGGCUCGCGCCAGCCACUGUCCGACUCGGCGGUCAGCCGGUACCUCCUGUUCCAGGCGGUGGGCCCCCUGUCGCGCGACAGCUCGCCCAGCAUUGCGGCCGAUGACUUUGACCUGCUGAUGAAGUGCCUCUCGCAGGCGGAGCAGGCCCAUGACAAUCUGACUUCGGUGUGGUCCUCGCCCGAGGCCGCCGCCAGCCAGGGCCUUCACCCCCUGGACUGGCCUGGCCGGUCGGUCCCCUGGUCCAUCCCCCUGUCCUCCAUCGAGCUUUUCCUCGGUGCCAUCGGCUCCAACAUCAGCUGCUCCAAGUCGCGGCCCACUCGCCGGGACCUGCUUGGGCUGGUGCAAUUCGAUGUAUCCCAGCAUGCGCACCUGCUCCGGCCCGUGGCGCACUUCCUUCAAACCGAUCCGCUCCCGGCGUUCCUCCAGCCACAUGGCGGCACUGGGUCCCCCCCGGCCGGGGAGCCCUCCGCCUCGGGCCCCUGGCUCGGGCUCACGGGCGAGGGUGAUCUCAUUCCCCGCCACCCGGCGGCCUUCGACUGGGACGGCGAGUCGACCGAUCCCCCGGCCGCCGGUCCCAGCCCGCAUGAUGAGGCCCUCGGCUCGUCCAUGCACAACUCCCAGUCCAACAUCGGGCUUGGGGUGGCUCGCCUGCCGCUGGUGGCCUUGCUUGGCGGCCCGGAGGCCGCGCGGCACAUUCGCCGGGAUCGGUCUCUCCUGCUGUCGUACCCUUACCUUCUUCUACAUUGGAUUCACUGGAAGCUUUCCGUGCCUCAGACAAAGCUCCGCGUCAAUCCGCCGAUCUUUGCCUGCGAUCCGGACCGGACGUCCGCUCGUUGGCGGCCAUUGGCCAUCCUCGGCCCGGGGGCCACGCGUUUGGCCGAAGCCGCGGGCAUUCGCCUGGGCCUGGCGCCGGAUGGCUACUCGGCCGCCGAUGAGCUGGUGACUCUGCUUCACAGCCGCCAGGCGGCCGGGGCCCCGCCGGCGGACUAUACCUCCGUCCAGGCGCUGGUUGCAAGCAUGCUCGGCGUGCGACCGCGCGCGGUCCCCGCCACGGGCCCAGCCUCGACCGCCGGCUCGACGCCCCUGGAUGCCGGGCUUUCGACGCCAGUCAAGGCCGGGCAUUCGGGCCCCGGCCAGGGGGUCGCCUCGCCCGGGCGCGCCGUGCCCCGGGGUGGCCCCUCGCCAUCUCCCUCGCGGCCGACGCGCAUUCUGGCCCUCGGGUCGGCGGCUGUGGCCGGGGUGGCCCUUUCCCCGCGGAGCCGGACACUGGACCUCGUCCGAGAUGCGGCCGGGGCCGCCCCCUCUGCCGGGGCCGAUGACGAGGCCGACGAGGCCGAGGAUAAUGCCGACCCGGAGCACGAUUCGUCCGACGAAUCCGAGGAGUCCGACUCCGAAGAGGACGACCCCUCGAUCGACUAUUGGUCCCUGAUUGCCUUGGCGCUGAUGGCGCCGGUGCGGCCGGUGCACCUGUCGGGCGUGGUUGACGCCAGCCUUCAGGCCUUGAAGCUGGAGCUGGCGGCGUGGAUCUCGCGCGAGACCCUGCAAGUGGCACGGACCCGGCUGCAUGACGCGGACCGGGGGUCGAUCAUGCGCCUGUCGCUGGCCGGCUGCACCCGGCUCAUGGUGGCGGUCGUUGUGCGCACCGGAUUGCACUUUUGGUGCGAGGCGCGUGGGUUCCUGGCGAGCCUCGCGCCGGCGAGCGCCGAUGGAGCGGCGGCCCCCGCCAAGCGGCAUCCCCCCCUGCCUCUUGUGGUCCAUUCGUCCUUCACCGACAGCGUGGUGCAUUCGCGGGCGGAUUUGAUCCGGUUCGCCGCGCAGGCGGUGGCCCUGUGCACCCGGUCGCCGAUGGCCAGGUCCAUCAAUUCCGGCCAUGUGCCGCAAUUGACGACCCUCCUGCCGCCGCCGAGCCCCGGGCAGGCCAGCACACCGACCGCCGGCCCGGAUGCCCCGACCAUCAUGGACAGCCCGGACCCGGGGCCCGGUGUCCAGCCAAACUGGCGCCGCCAGACCCUGGCCCUGGCGUCUUGGCUGCUGGACCGGGUGUCCGUUCGCCCGGAGGACUACACCGUGCGCACGUUGCGCCUGCGAUUGGCUGACAAGCUGGCCAACCGCAACCAGCUUUUGGCCGUCUGCAACAUGUAUCUCACCGAAUGGGACUCGACGUCGUCGACAGCCGCCCCGUCAAGUGGGCCUCCAGCCUCCGACCCCCAGCCCGAGUGUGAGCCCGGCACUUCGCCCGUGGCGGCCCUUGACCGGAGCCGCCUCAGCAUGUACCGCCUUGGACUGCUCAAUCGCCUGUUGAAGAUGCUCGUUUGCCUGGUGGACUCCAUGGGGGCCUCGCAAAUUGCCAUGGUCAACACCAUGCAGGUCAUCGUGGAGGAGGGGGAUCCCACCGCCGAGCAGUCCGCCGCCCCCGUCAUUCCCACGACCCUGGAGGAGGCGCAGGGCGUUUUCCUGCCCGCCGAGGCGGCGCCGCAUGUGUGCCAUCCGGCGCUCUUCCGUGCGCGCUUCCUGGUGCCGACCGAUUUCGACCUGGCCACUCUCUUCGCCGUGCGUUGUCCCGCUGCUGGGGCCCUCUUUGCCGUGACACUGCUGCCGGUUACUUACCGAACACCCGUUGCCUUGCCUUUCGGCCCUUCGCCCGCCCGGCCACAGAUCAUCCGCGAGGUGGUCACCCGGAUUGACAUCUACCCUGGGGUCGAGGGUGGCUCGGCGCCGGCCACCCAAGACCUGCCGGUUCCCGGGAGCCUGGUCGACUGCUGUGAUCUCCUGAUCACCCUCCUGAAGACGCAUCAUGACCGCCUGGCGCGGCUCCCAGCGGCGCCGGGCGAUGGCGGCCAGUCUGACACGGCCAUGGGCACCGAUGCUGGCGCCUCGACCGGGGGCCCGGCCGACGCCGGUGCGCGGAUCACCCUGCUGGCGACGGCCGGCGAGUCGAGCGCCAGCCAGGAUCCCGGCUGCUGGACGGCCAACUUCGGCCAAGUGGUCCGGCUACAGGCGGACAUCGCGCAAUUGAUGUUGCGCACAUUGCUGGUCCGGGCCGCGGUCAUCGAGGGCACCGGCAUCGGGAGCUCGGCCGUGGCUCGCCGGGACCGAGCCCUGGCGGUGGCCCUGGCCGAUGGUCUUUUCACGGCCAAGUCCAGCCGGCAUCGGGCCUUCUCCCGGGUGCUGUCCAGCCUGGUGGACGAGCAGCAGUCCCAGGACCCGGGCCAGUCGUCAAACCCGUCGGCCAGCCAGCAGGAUGCCAAUCAAGCCGGGCCCCUGCUCCGGACCCUGCGCGCCUUCGAUGGGGACCGUGCGUGGGAGCCCUUCGGGGCGUAUUCCGCCCGGACGGAGCGCAUGGCCUCGCGAGCAUUGGCCCUGGAUGCGCUGGCUCCGUGCGUGUGCCCGCUGUCCGGGCUGCCGGAAAUCCCCGGGCCCAAUGUGGCCCUGUACGUGGUGCAGGAGCAUGUCAUCCAGCGGGGCCGGUCGCGGCUCGAGCCGGCGGCUCACCCGAUGGAUGGCAGUCUGCCCGCGUACCAGCACCACCAGCUCCGAUCCGCCGUCGGCCCCACGCCCGGUGCCCCGGCCAUGGGGCCCGCCUCGAAGUCCACCCAGCCGACGCUCAUGCUGAGCCCCAGCUGCGAUGGGCAUUGUCGACUGCGGGCAUUGGGCCGGGCGCUUGGUGCCCUGCGGGACUUCGCCCGGGGCCCCUGGGACACGGCCGAUUCCGGCAGCCUGGCCAUUGGGGAUGGCCUGCGGGCGGUCAUGGUGCUGCUGUAUGGCCGGCCGGCCGUGCGUGACGAGUUUGCCGCCAGCGCCGGGGCCCAGUCUCGCGGGGUGUUGGGCCAGCAGCUGCGCGCGCGUCUCAGCCGCCUCCGCCUGCUGGGCAAGCUGGCCUUCGAAUUGGCCCCCUCCGACACCGGGCCCAUGCUAGACCCUGCCGGCUUGCGGGUGGUGCUCGCGCGCCUGGCUCAGGCGGCGACCGGCGCCGGGCAGCAGCGUCCACCGGGCCCCGGGCCCUGCCCGGUGUCCGCCGGGCCGCCCAGCGCCGAGGAGCUGCUGUCCCAUGCGGGCGUCGGCCCCGGGCCCGGGACCAUGGGCGGGAGCGGCGGGGAUCUCCAUGCGCCGCGGCUUCUGCCCUUGGCGUGGCUGUUCUCGCCACCGCCGCCGACUCCGCGGUCGCCCCUGGCCGCCACCCGGGCGGCCAUCUGCCGCCUGCUGAUUGCCUGCCUCCGGGACCUGGCGCGCUUUGUCCACACCACGUCGCCGGUGCUCGGGCCGGCAGCAACUCCGGCAGCCACGACUGCGGCGGCGGCGGCGGCGGCGGCGGCGGCGGCGGCGGCGGCAGCAACGGCCGCGACAUCCGCCGGUGCCGCCUCGACCGACGCAGCAAUGGCCGACGCCCUCGAUGGCGCCGGGGCGCUGGCCGAUAUGGUGGUGUCACCGGAAGCCACCUCGCCGGCGCUCGGGUCUUCAUUGCCGGGCUCCUCGGGGGUGGCAUCGCACCCUGGGUCGCCGGAUCUCGCAGCCGAGAUCGGCGCCGGCGGCCACUUCCCGGCACCCGACACCCCGGUGCCCGGGUCCACCACCGGCCCGACGGCCGCCGGCAGCCCGGCCGCCACGGUGGUGGAUAUCCUGUCACUCUCGCCCGGGGGCAUCGGGUCGAGCACCGGCGGCCCCGGGCCGGGUGACGGCCCGACAACCCCCUCGCGCCGUGGCGCCGGUCUCAUGGGCCCCGGGAGCCCGUCGGCCAGCCUGGGCCAAGUGCGUCUGCAGCGCGCGGCCGAUGUCCUCCCGCCGGAUCAAUGUGUGGUGGCCAUGUCGGUGGCGGCGCUGGUGCGCCGGUCGCAGGCCCCCCGAUCGCGCCCCCCCCGGCGUAGCCUGCUGGUCCCGCCGUGCGCGCGAGCCCAGGAGGACCUGCGCAAUGCCGGCUCCCGGCGUGUCAACCGCCAGCUUCUGGCUGUGCUCCACUGGCUGGCUCUGGCGGCCGAGGAUUAUCUGGUGGAGGCAGCCGAGGCCGACGGCCUGGCCGGGGCCCUGCGCGCUCGGCGCCGGCCACCGACCGACUGGCUGACAUAUGACCUGCCGGCCACCAUCGACCUGGAGGCCGGCCCGUCGUCGGAUCCACUGACGGCAGCGACGGCGGCGGCGGGGUCGGCGGCGGCGGCGGCAGGGGCCGCCAGUGGCGAUGCGGCGGCCAUGGCUGCGGCGGCCAUGGUUGCUUCGCGUCGCCGUCCUCGGCGCCCCAUUCGGCGGAAUCUGCCGAAUCUGGUGGCCAGCUUCUCCGAGGCCGUCUUUGGCGCGGCCGCCGCGGGGCCUUCCCAGCAGUAG